AUGCUAAUGCUAGUGAUAAAAUCUUGUCGCAUUCAUCUCUCUUAUACUCGAACAAAGGCUCUCAACCCUCCACAGAUCUCAACAAUCAAUAAUCACAAUGCUGUCACCUGUUUAUAUAUAGACAAUCUCAUUCUUUCCGGCCACAAAUUUAAACAAGAAGUUUCAAUUACAUUCGGAAAUCUUGUUAUCAAACCUCUUAUAUCUGUGAACCUUCUUAAUGGAGAUGAGUUCACAUGCGAACGGUGUGGAGAAUCACACUCGGAGUUGGAAGCAGAUGGUAUUACGUUGAACUCCUCUUCUUGCCUAUUCUGCCGCCGUCUUCAUAUCUGUGGGGAUUUUGUGGCUAUGUUCAGUUCCUCUGUUGAGAUUAAAAUUUGUUUUCAGAAGAGAGUAGUUUCUGUUAAAGUUCUUGGUGCGUUCUUAAUGUCACGAGAAGUCAAUUUAUGGACCUUUGGAAAAUGCAUAUAUCCCAUCGAGGGCCUACAAAAUGACCUACCUAUUCAAGACCGAGUUCCACAUGCUUUGGAGCCCACAACUACUUCCUUCAUCAUUGAUUUUCUCCCCUCACCCUAUUCAAAAUCAAAAUCUGCGAUUAGUAUCAAUCUCUUCCGACAACCUCUUGAAAGGAGUUUAUCCUUGACUGUAGAUACUCUUCGGUUUUCGAAAAGUUCUGAGAAUAUUGUAUUCAAUCUGGAUAAUCUGCAACUUCUCAGUGGCCUUUUAAUGGAUACCUGCAAUGCAUCUAGAGAAUUCUCGAUUGAACAUAUGGAAUUUGGAUCUAGUUUGAGUGAAGAAAAGGUGAAUGCUUCAUUAACUCUUCAAGGAAUUUUUCUUGGUUUGGCUCAAGAUCCCGUGGAAACAGCAUUCUUUGCAGCUCUCCAAAGUACAAUACAUUCGAUUUUCUUGUCGCAUAGCUGGCUCUUGUCUGGCAACAAGUCUACUGUUGGUGUUGGUGCAACUGGUCCAAAGUCAUUAGAAGAGAAAUCGAUUCAUGCAUCCAUUCAUCUGAAAACAUCUCUAUCGGAUUCGGCUAUCCGCUUGGUCUUCAUUCCAGACACGCCCACUCCAGCCCUUGUUCAUUUCAUCGGGCAGACUAAGUUGGCUGUUACUCUGCCAUCUGCAGUCUCUGAAACGCUAAAUUUUGUCUUUGAAACCAAUUCCUUCUCUCUUUAUGCGAUCCUUCCCAAAUACCGUCAAAUGAACUUCUGCCUAAACCAGAAAGGGCAGGGAGAUUCUAUUUCCUCAGUACCAAUUUCUAAUCUUUUUGCAACGGAUGUUGAAUAUGAGAAGAGGUCGAAACUGUAUGACAUUUCUCAGUUCUCUGCUUGGUGCCAUGCGGAUGUGUUCGGCUUCCGUAUCUCCGAUGUCGCCAUCGAAAUGCCUUCUUCGUUGAUGGCGAAAUUCCACUCCCAUUUGCAGAAAAUAGAUUCCAUCGGUUUGUCCGGUCUCGGUGGAACUAAUCGCGCGCAUCGUCGAAGUGGGCGAUUUCUUCGUCGAUGGUUCAACGUAGCUACUGUUACAUCACUUCAGAGAUUCACUCUGGAUGGACAUUUUGAAACUUUGCAGAUGGUUUUCAUAUCGUCUUGUGGAGCUCGUAUUGAAUGUGGUCUAACUCGGGCUCACUGCUCUGCAUCACCACUUCCACACUUCUCUCCCUCUCGCACUCCGUUUUCCCUCUCAUCUCAGCGCCAACAGUCGAAUUCAUCACCAACACCCCUUUUCCUUGAAUUCACCGUCUCAAAUAGCGAGUUUCAGAUGGUCAUACCUACUCCAUCUAAGUCAAUCAAUCUCCUUACAAUGCCCGCUUUCCAAGUUUGCUGUAAUCUGGCUUUAAGAUCUGUGGAGGUCAGUAUCAUCGAAUCGGUUGACCUUCGACUGGACCCUGGAACUCAUAUAUGUGUUCUGGAGUUUCUUCUUCUCGCUAGGAACUUUCUUCGAAGGCGUCUGCAUGUAGAGACAAUCGAAGCUCCUCCGAAAUUUCCUCCGACGUCGGCUACGGCUUCUAUGUGGAGUGUGGAUAUACACAAUACCUCGGUCACUCGACUUGCUUACGAGUCGGGAAGGCAUUCCGUGGCUGUUAUGCUCCAUGGAUGUGACGUUUGCCUGGCUAGCUCUGCUACCAAUCGACAUAAGCACAGUUUGAAAGUGAAGUCGCCAAAAGUGAAUAUCAUUUGCGAUGGAAGGGAGGUCGCUUUGAUUCAGGUAUUGAUUCAAGUACUUCAAUCUGGCAUCACAUAUCUACCUACAACCAAAUUAAUGGCCAUAGCUCCUUUAGAACCCUUAGCUGGUCUUACUCCUGUCAACUUCAAGGGGCCAUCUUUGGUUCGGAAGAGCUGCAAAUACCUCCAGAUUCGUUAG